GAAUAGAAAACAUUUCUGUUAAUAUUAUAUAAUGUAAUAUUAAUUUUAUUUAUUUUAAUGUUAGUUUUAUUAAUAAAACUAUUGUCUGACUAAUGUAUUUGCUUUAUUUCACUGUUUCCAUAGUUUUUAAAUCUGGUAUGGUUAGUGACUGUUCUGUUGUAGGAAAACCAGUUUUCUGAAUCAUUUGCUUUUAUGUAUUUUGGCUAAUUAAGGAUGCAUAAUAUUCAUUGUUUAAAAGUAAUAAAAAUACAGUAUAUGUACACACAAACUUUCAUCAGGAUCCUUUCCAGAGUAUUAUCAAGGCAGAUGGCCUUGUGGUGGUAUGGACAUUCUAGCUUGAACAGAAAGAAGUAUGUUGCUGAUGCUGUCUUCCCGUGCCUCUUAUACUACCUUCAGUAAAAUUGGUUUUUCUGAGUGAAAAACAAAGACUAAGGUGUUUUUUUUAAUCUGACAGAUCUAUGGAUUUUUUUUUCUUGCUACUUAUCAAUCUGGUUUUCUUGAUCUUCCUUUGUUAUGAUUCCUUAAUACCUGUAUUUUCUGUAUCGUGCCCUCAAUCUUUCACUUAUAAAAUUUAUGAAGUAAUAGCUUAUACAACAAUGAAAAAUGUUUGGCAUUCAAUUUGUGUUUAAAAUCUUCUCUUUUAAAAGUAUGUUCUUUAUCAAAAGCAAUCCAUAUGAAUUCAAAGGAGGAUUCCAUAAAUAUGUGCAGAGUUAACAUGUCAUGUCUUAAAAGAACUCAUGGAAGUACAACAAGUAAGGGACAACGUUUUGCAGGUUCAUUUAAAUGGAUUAUUACAGACCAGUGAUAAAAUUGCUCUUAAAGAGAUCACAAGACAGCUGAAUCUGGAAAAUGUAGUUGGAGAUAAAGUUUUUGGUAGUUUUGCAGAAAAUCUCACAUUUCUUUUGGAAGCAUUGAAAAGAGGUGACCGUGCCCAUAGUUGUCCCGUGCUGUUUAUAUUAGAUGAAUUUGAUCUGUUCAUUCAUCAUAGGAACCAGACUCUGCUAUAUAACCUCUUUGACAUAUCACAGUCAGCACAGACUCCUAUAGCUGUCAUUGGUCUUACUUGUAGAUUGGAUAUUCUAGAACUCAUGGAGAAGAGAGUGAAAUCAAGAUUUUCCCACAGGCAAAUAUACCUAGUGAAUCCUUUUGAUUUCACAAAAUAUCAAAAUAUUUGUAAAGAGCAGUUAUCACUUCCUCCAGAAUUCCCAGAAAAGUUAUUUAUGCAGAAAUGGAAUAAGAACAUCCAGUGCGUCUUAGAAGACCAAAGUGUGCGAGCUGUACUACAAAAUCAGUUCCAUUAUAGUAAAAAUCUGCGGUGUCUCUCCAUGAUGUUGAUGCUUACUUUACAUAAUAUAACUGUGUCUCACCCGUAUAUCACCGCAUCAGACUUUCUUGAAGCAAGCAGACUUUGUAGAAUGGACUCAAAAGCAAAUAUUGUACAUGGUCUUUCUGUGCUGGAAUUCUGUCUCAUAAUAGCUAUGAAACAUUUAAAUGACACUUAUGAUGGAGAACCUUUUAAUUUUCAGAUGGUUUAUAAUGAGUAUCAGAUGUUUGUUCAGAGGAAGGCCCAUACAGUGUACAGUUUUGAGAAGCCUGUUGUCAUGAAGGCUUUUGAACACUUGCAGCAUCUUGAAUUGAUAAAAUCUGUGGAAGGGCCGUCUAACUGUGCUCAAAGAGAAUACAUGUUAAUGAAGUUGCUUUUGGACAACAGUCAAAUUAUGGAUGCUUUGCAGUUCUACCCAAAUUGCCCAACGGAUGUCAAGCAGUGGGCUAUGUCUUCAGUAAACUGAGGUGUCUAUACACUCUGUGAAUAAUUAUCCUUGACUGUGUAGAGCAAGUCAAAGAGUGAACUAUGUCUUCAGUAAAUACCAGAAAUUUGGAUCUCAGGAAAAUGACACUUGAAUUAUGAGUUUACCAUACCAGAAAUUGAUAUUGUUAAUGAAAAGCCACUCUUGAUAUUAUGCAUGUUUUUCUUUGGUAUCAUCUUGUAUAUAGUCAAAUAAUGAUUGGACCUUUUUACUUUAUUAAAUAAUUUUCACCUGA